GAAGUAGGAAGUAAAUACGGUGGACUUCAACUUACGGUGUCUGGGAGUCAUUUGUAAGUUGCAAAACGCGUAUAAUCAUAAUAACAGACAUUACACGCAUUACAGCCGCAGACGGGACAUUUCGCUCAACAAAGAGUGUAUUGUGUUUCUUGUCUCGAUGCGCUCGGUGCAGAAGAUUGAAGAAGGAGAUAAUUGAACGGGCAGGGGCAGGAUGUUGCCAGGCUAUAGUCCGGUGGCUCAGGCGCUGUUGGGGACUCUGUUCACCUGGGCCCUCACUGCUGCUGGUGCUGCCCUGGUCUUCGUCUUCUCCAGCCGCCAGAAACGCAUUCUGGAUGGGAGUCUGGGCUUCGCUGCAGGGGUGAUGCUGGCGGCAUCGUACUGGUCACUGUUGGCCCCGGCGAUCGAGAUGGCGGAGAGCUCUCAUCCUCGCCAUCACCAUCCACAACAUCCCAGAGGGCCUUGCUGUUGGUGUGGGGUUUGGGGCUGUCGGAAAAACCUCUUCAGCCACAUUUGAAAGUGCCAGAAAUUUGGCCAUCGGGAUUGGCAUCCAGAAUUUCCCAGAAGGCCUUGCAGUGAGCUUGCCUCUGAGGGGCUCGGGAGUUUCCACCUGGAGGAGUUUCUGGUACGGGCAGUUGAGCGGGAUGGUGGAGCCGGUAGCGGGGUUGCUAGGCGCGUUUGCGGUGGUGCUGGCGGAGCCGUUGCUGCCCUACGCUCUGGCGUUCGCUGCCGGGGCCAUGGUGUACGUGGUGGUGGAUGACAUCAUUCCUGAGGCGCAGGUCAGUGGCAACGGGAAGUUGGCCUCAUGGACUUCUAUCCUGGGUUUCAUCGUGAUGAUGUCACUGGACGUGGGCCUGGGUUGAGGCCUCCCAUUGGAUAAAAAACUCUGCUGAUGUCAUUCAAGCG